UGCGCCGGGCGCCCCGAGCCCCGCGCCGAGCCGAGUCCGCGCCGAGCCGCAGCCGCCCAUCCCGGGGCCCGAGCCGGGGGACCAGCAGCUUCCCCACAGGCAGCGUGAGGACAGCCUGUGCCCCAGAAGCAGGAUGAGAAGAUGGCAGACUUCCUGUUACCUCGGGGCACCAGCAGCUUCCGCAGGUUCACCCGGGAGUCCCUGGCGGCCAUCGAGAAGCGCAUGGCGGAGAAGCAGGCCCGAGGCUCGGCCACCUCGCAGGAGAGCCGAGACGGGCUGCCUGAGGAGGAGGCUCCCGGGCCCCAGCUGGACCUGCAGGCCUCCAAAAAGCUGCCGGAUCUCUAUGGCAACCCGCCCCGAGAGCUUAUCGGGGAGCCCCUGGAGGACCUGGACCCCUUCUACAGCACCCAGAAGACCUUCAUCGUACUGAAUAAAGGCAAGACCAUCUUCCGGUUCAGUGCCACCAACGCCUUGUAUGUCCUCAGCCCCUUCCACCCCAUUCGGAGAGUGGCCGUGAAGAUUCUGGUUCAUUCGUUCUUCAACAUGCUCAUCAUGUGCACCAUCCUGACCAACUGCGUCUUCAUGGCCCAGCACGACCCUCCGCCCUGGACCAAAUAUGUCGAGUACACCUUCACUGCCAUCUACACCUUUGAGUCUCUGGUCAAGAUUCUGGCUCGAGGCUUCUGCCUGCACGCGUUCACCUUCCUUCGGGACCCGUGGAACUGGCUGGACUUCAGCGUGAUCAUCAUGGCAUACACCACUGAAUUUGUGGACCUGGGCAAUGUCUCAGCUUUACGUACCUUCCGAGUCCUCCGGGCCCUGAAAACUAUAUCAGUCAUUUCAGGCCUGAAGACCAUUGUGGGGGCCCUGAUCCAGUCUGUGAAGAAGCUGGCUGAUGUGAUGGUCCUCACGGUCUUCUGCCUCAGCGUCUUCGCCCUCAUCGGCCUGCAGCUCUUCAUGGGCAACCUGAGGCACAAGUGCGUGCGCAACUUCACGAUGCUCAACGGUACCAAUGGCUCCGUGGAGGCUGAUGGCCUGGUCUGGGAAUCGCUGGAUCUCUACCUCAACAACCCAGAAAAUUACCUGUUGAAGAACGGCACCUCUGAUGUGUUACUGUGUGGGAACAGCUCCGACGCGGGGACGUGUCCCGAGGGCUACCGGUGCCUAAAGGCAGGUGAGAACCCUGACCACGGCUACACCAGCUUCGACUCCUUCGCCUGGGCCUUCCUCGCACUCUUCCGACUGAUGACGCAGGACUGCUGGGAGCGCCUCUACCAGCAGACCCUGAGGUCCGCAGGGAAGAUCUACAUGAUCUUCUUCAUGCUUGUCAUCUUCCUGGGCUCCUUUUACCUGGUGAACUUGAUCCUGGCUGUGGUCGCCAUGGCCUACGAGGAGCAAAACCAAGCCACUAUCGCUGAGACGGAGGAGAAGGAAAAGCGAUUCCAGGAAGCCAUGGAGAUGCUCAAGAAAGAGCAUGAGGCCCUUGCCAUCAGGGGUGUGGACACCGUGUCCCGCAGCUCCUUGGAGAUGUCCCCUUUGGCUCCAGUAACCACUCACGAGAGAAGGAGCAAGAGGAGAAAACGAAUGUCUUCAGGGACGGAGGAGUGUGGGGAAGACAGGUUCCCCAAGUCUGACUCGGAGGAUGGUCCCCGAGCAGUGAAUCGCCUCAGCAUCACCCACGGCCUCAGCAGAACCUCCCUGAAGCCACGCUCCAGCCGUGGGAGCAUUUUCACCUUCCGCCGGCGAGACCUGGGCUCCGAGACAGAUUUUGCAGAUGAUGAGAACAGCACGGCGGGGGACAGCGAGAGCCACCGCACGUCACUGCUGGUGCCUUGGCCCCUGCGCUGGCCUAGUGCCCAGGGACAGCCCAGUCCAGGAACCUCAACUCUAGGCCACGUCCUCAAUGGCAAAAGGAACAGCACCGUGGACUGCAACGGGGUAGUCUCCUUGCUGGGGGUAGGUGACCCUGAGGCCACCUCCCCAGGGAGCCGCCUCCUCCGCCCUAUGAUGCUGGAGCGCCCCCUGGACACGACCACACCGUCGGAGGAGCCAGGCAGGCCCCAGAUGCUGACCCCCCAGGCUCCGUGUGCGGAUGGCUUUGAGGAGCCAGCAGAGCGUCAGCGAGCCCUCAGCGCGGUCAGUGCCCUCACCAGCGUGCUUGAAGAGUUGGAGGAGUCUCACCGCAAGUGCCCGCCGUGCUGGACCCGCUUUGCCCAGCGCUACCUGAUCUGGGAGUGCUGCCCGCUGUGGAUGUCCAUCAAGCAGAAAGUGAAGUUCAUGGUCAUGGACCCAUUCGCUGACCUCACCAUCACCAUGUGCAUCGUGCUUAACACACUCUUCAUGGCACUGGAGCAUUACAACAUGACAACUGAAUUCGAGGAGAUGCUGCAGGUCGGAAACCUGGUCUUCACAGGGAUCUUCACAGCAGAGAUGACCUUCAAGAUCAUCGCCCUGGACCCCUACUACUACUUCCAGGAGGGAUGGAACAUCUUCGACAGCAUAAUCGUCAUCCUCAGCCUCAUGGAGCUGGGCCUGUCCCGCAUGGGCAACCUGUCGGUGCUUCGCUCCUUCCGCCUGCUUCGGGUCUUCAAGCUGGCCAAAUCAUGGCCCACCCUGAACACACUCAUCAAGAUCAUCGGGAACUCGGUGGGGGCGCUGGGGAACCUGACGCUGGUGCUGGCCAUCAUCGUGUUCAUCUUCGCCGUGGUGGGCAUGCAGCUCUUUGGCAAGAACUACUCAGAGCUGAGGCACCGCAUCAGCGACUCGGGCCUGCUGCCCCGCUGGCACAUGAUGGACUUUUUCCAUGCUUUUCUCAUCAUCUUCCGCAUCCUCUGUGGCGAGUGGAUUGAGACCAUGUGGGACUGCAUGGAGGUGUCUGGGCAGUCACUGUGCCUGCUGGUCUUCUUGCUUGUUAUGGUCAUCGGCAACCUGGUGGUCCUGAACCUCUUCCUGGCUUUGCUGCUCAGCUCCUUCAGCGCAGACAACCUAACAGCCCCCGACGAGGACGGGGAGUUGAACAACCUCCAGCUGGCCCUGGCCCGCAUCCAGCGGGGCCUGCGCUUCAUCAAGAGGACCACCUGGGACUUCUGCUGUGGGCUCCUGCAGCGGCGGCCUCAGAAGCCCGCAGCCCUCGCCACCCAGGGCCAGCUGCCCAGCUGCGUGGCCACCUCCAGCCCCCAACCACUCCCAGGGACAGAGAAGGCACCACCGGCCCACAAGGAGACACGGUUUGAGGAAGGCCAGCGGCCCGGCCAGGGCACGCCUGAGGAUCCAGAGCCUGUGUGCGUGCCCAUCGCUGUGGCCGAGUCAGACAUGGAUGACCAAGAGGAGGACGAGGAGAACAGUCUGAGCACAGGGGAGGAGUCCAGCAAGCAGCAGGAAUCCCAGCCUGUGUCCUGCGGCCCCGAGGCCCUCCCACAGCCCAGGGCCUGGAGCCAGGUGUCAGAGACCACCUCCUCCAGGGCCGAGGCCAGUGCGGCUCCGGCAGACCUGCGGCAGCAGCGGAGAGCAGGGGCCCGGGCCCCAGGGUGCAGUGAGAUGCCCGAGGACAGUUACUCCGAGGGGAGCACAGCUGACAUGACCAACACUGCUGACCUCCUGGAGCAGAUCCCCGACCUCGGCGAGGACGUCAAGGAUCCAGAGGACUGCUUCACCGAAGGCUGUGUCCGGCGCUGUCCCUGCUGUACUGUGGACACCACACAGUCCCCAGGGAAGGUCUGGUGGAGGCUGCGCAAGACCUGCUACCGCAUCGUGGAGCACAGCUGGUUCGAGACCUUCAUCAUCUUCAUGAUCCUGCUCAGCAGUGGAGCGCUGGCCUUCGAGGACAUCUACCUGGAGGAGCGGAAGACCAUCAAGGUCCUGCUGGAGUACGCUGACAAGAUGUUCACCUACGUCUUCGUGCUGGAGAUGCUGCUCAAGUGGGUGGCCUACGGCUUUAAGAAGUACUUCACCAACGCCUGGUGCUGGCUCGACUUCCUCAUCGUGGAUGUCUCGCUGAUCAGCCUGGUGGCCAACGCCCUGGGCUUUGCUGAGAUGGGCCCCAUCAAGUCGCUGCGGACGUUGCGCGCACUCCGGCCCCUGAGAGCCCUGUCACGAUUUGAGGGCAUGCGGGUUGUGGUCAAUGCCCUGGUGGGCGCCAUCCCAUCCAUCAUGAACGUCCUCCUCGUCUGCCUCAUCUUCUGGCUCAUCUUCAGCAUCAUGGGCGUGAACCUCUUCGCGGGGAAGUUUGGGAGGUGCAUCAACCAGACUGAGGGAGACCUGCCCUUGAACUACACCAUCGUGAACAACAAGAGCGACUGUGAGUCUUUCAACAUGACUGGCGAGUUGUACUGGACCAAGGUGAAGGUCAACUUUGACAACGUGGGGGCCGGGUACCUGGCCCUUCUGCAGGUGGCAACAUUUAAAGGCUGGAUGGACAUUAUGUAUGCGGCAGUGGACUCCAGGGGGUAUGAAGAGCAGCCCCAGUGGGAAUACAACCUCUACAUGUACAUCUACUUCGUCAUCUUCAUCAUCUUCGGGUCUUUCUUCACCCUGAACCUUUUCAUCGGUGUCAUCAUCGACAACUUCAACCAACAGAAGAAAAAGUUAGGGGGCCAGGACAUCUUUAUGACAGAAGAGCAGAAGAAGUACUACAAUGCCAUGAAGAAGCUGGGCUCCAAGAAGCCUCAGAAGCCCAUCCCGCGGCCCCUGAACAAGUACCAAGGUUUCAUAUUCGACAUUGUGACCAAGCAGGCCUUUGACGUCACCAUCAUGUUUCUCAUCUGCUUGAACAUGGUGACCAUGAUGGUGGAGACGGAUGACCAGAGCCCUGAGAAGGUCAACAUCUUGGCCAAGAUCAACCUGCUGUUUGUAGCCAUCUUCACAGGCGAGUGUAUCUUCAAGAUGGCUGCCCUUCGCCACUAUUACUUCACCAACAGCUGGAACAUCUUCGACUUCGUGGUUGUCAUCCUCUCCAUCGUGGGCACUGUGCUCUCAGACAUCAUCCAGAAGUACUUCUUCUCCCCAACGCUCUUCCGCGUCAUCCGCCUGGCCCGAAUCGGCCGCAUCCUCCGGCUGAUCCGCGGGGCCAAGGGCAUCCGCACGCUGCUCUUCGCCCUCAUGAUGUCCCUGCCCGCCCUCUUCAACAUCGGGCUGCUGCUCUUCCUCGUCAUGUUCAUCUACUCCAUCUUCGGCAUGGCCAACUUCGCUUACGUCAAGUGGGAGGCUGGCAUCGACGACAUGUUCAACUUCCAGACCUUCGCCAACAGCAUGCUGUGCCUCUUCCAGAUCACCACGUCGGCUGGCUGGGACGGUCUCCUCAGCCCCAUCCUCAACACGGGGCCCCCCUACUGCGACCCCAACCUGCCCAACAGCAAUGGCUCCCGGGGGAACUGCGGGAGCCCCGCCGUGGGCAUCCUCUUCUUCACCACCUACAUCAUCAUCUCCUUCCUCAUCGUGGUCAACAUGUACAUCGCCAUCAUCCUGGAGAACUUCAGCGUGGCCACGGAGGAGAGCACGGAGCCCCUGAGCGAGGAUGAUUUCGACAUGUUCUACGAGAUCUGGGAGAAGUUCGACCCGGAGGCCACCCAGUUCAUCGAGUACUCAGCCCUGUCCGAUUUCGCCGACGCCCUGUCUGAGCCGCUCCGGAUCGCCAAGCCCAACAAGAUAAGCCUCAUCAAUAUGGACCUGCCCAUGGUGAGCGGGGACCGUAUCCACUGCAUGGACAUCCUCUUUGCCUUCACCAAGAGGGUCCUGGGCGAGUCUGGGGAGAUGGACGCCCUGAAGAUCCAGAUGGAGGAGAAGUUCAUGGCCGCCAACCCGUCCAAGAUCUCCUAUGAGCCCAUCACAACCACGCUCCGGCGCAAGCACGAGGAGGUGUCGGCCACCAUCAUCCAGCGGGCCUUCCGGAGGCACCUGCUGCAGCGCUCCUUGAAGCACGCCUCCUUCCUCUACCGCCAGCAGAUGGGCAGCAGCGGCGUCUCGGAAGAGGAUGCCCCAGAGCAGGAGGGCCUCAUCGCCUACAUGAUGAAUGAGAACUACUCCCAGCGCCAUGGCCCACCCUCCAGCUCCUCCAUCUCCUCCACGUCCUUCCCACCGUCCUACGACAGCGUCACCAGGGCCACCAGCGAUAACCUCCAGGUAAGGGGGUCCGACUACAGCCGCAGCGAAGACCUCCCAGACUUCCCCCCGUCUCCGAACAGGGACCGUGAGUCUGUCGUGUGA